GGUCAUCAAAAAUGGCAGACGCACCGAUCGACUGUGAAUUCCCUGUUUGGGGAUUAUUGCCGAAAAAAGAGACCGGAGUUGUCUCGUUUUUGAAUAAAAAUCCUCUCUACGACGGCCGAGACACCAUUAUUGCAAUUUUUGAUUCAGGUGUCGACCCGGCAGCGUCUGGUCUUCAGGUGACAAGCACGGGGGAGACGAAGGUUAUUGAGAGGUUUGACUGCAGUGGCUGCGGUGAUGUGGACACUAGUACGGUUAUACGUAAAGUUGUUGACGGAUGUAUUACCGGCCUUACGGGGCGCAAAUUGAAGAUUCCAGAAUCUUGGAAGAACCCUUCGGGUGAUUGGAGGGUGGGUGUUCUUUACCCAUUCAGCUUGUAUCCGUCUAAGCUAAAGGAGCGCAUACAGGAGCACAGGAAGGAGCACUUGUGGGAUGUUGGACACAAGCCAGCUUAUGCCGAAUCUAAUAAACAGCUCCAAGAUUUUGAAAGUGAUGUUGUAUCAAAGAACCCAACGCUCAGCCCGGAAGACAAGUUGCUCAAGGAGGAGUUGGAAACCCGGGUGGAAGUGCUACAAGCAGCAGAGAAGAAGUACUCGGACCUUGGGCCUACUUAUGACUGUGUGUUGUUCCAUGAUGGGACUUCUUGGAGAGCAUGCAUAGACACAUCGGAGAGUGGAGACUUGGCCUUCGGUCCGUGUUUGGGCGAGUACAGUAUUACCCACGAGCACUCGCACUUGACAGAGCUGGAUGAGAUGACGGUCUCCAUCAAUGUGCAUGAUGAGGGACGCACGCUCGAGGUCGUCGCUAUGUGCUCGACCCACGGCACCCACGUAGCAGCCAUUGCAGCUGGCUACUUCCCCGAUGAACCAGACAAGAAUGGAGUGGCUCCCGGAGCUAAAAUUAUCUCGUUGACCAUUGGAGAUAGUAGACUGGUUUCUAUGGAAACCGGCACAGCGCUGGUCAGAGCGUGCAUUAAAGUCAUGGAGCUUAGUAAAAAGAUGAAGAUUGAUGUAAUUAAUAUGAGUUAUGGGGAGCAUGCUCAUUGGUGCAAUACAGGGCGAGUUGGUGACAUAAUCUGCGAGGUGGUGAACCGUUAUGGCGUAUCAUGGGUAGUGUCGGCGGGCAACCACGGCCCGGCGCUUUGCACCGUCGGCGCGCCUCCAGACAUCGCUCAGCCCGUGCUUAUCGGUGUGGGAGCUUACGUGUCACCAGACAUGACGUCAGCGGCAUACUCCAUGCGCGCCAAGGUGGCUGGCGGCGCGUUCUCGUGGAGCUCGCGCGGGCCGUGCGCGGACGGCGCGCCCGGCGUCACCACGUGCGCGCCCGGCGGCGCAGUGGCCUCCGUAGCUAGGUUUACUUUAAAGAACUGUCAACUAAUGAAUGGCACAUCAAUGGCAGCCCCUCACGUCGCUGGCAUUGUCGCGGCUCUUAUAUCUGGUCUGAAAGCUAAAGACUUGCCAUACUCCCCUUACUCGAUAAAGAGAGCCAUAGAGAAUUCCGCUACAUUCCUCAACAGUGUCGAGCCGUGGGCGCAGGGCUGUGGACUGAUCAAUAUAGAAAAGACUUUUGAUCACCUGUCAACCUACCACGGUGAGCCCGAGCGUGACGUCACAUUCAGCGUACAGUGCAGCCCCAACAACGGCAAGGGCAUCCUGCUGAGACCCAAACUCAACGAUGUGGCCAAGGACGUAGGGAUCACUAUACAACCACAGUUCCUACAGAACCAUCUGGAUAUGGAGAACAAGACGCUGAUACCGCGGCAGAUCGACUUCUCCAUGAACCUGGCUCUGUCAUGCAACGCCGAAUGGGUCUCUGCCCCCGCUUUCCUGUCCUUAGCGAAUACUCCGAGACCUGUGGGGGUGAGGAUACACACAGCUUCCUUACCGUCUGGACCUCAUUUCACAAGCAUCGACGCGUACGACACUAACUGCAUAGAGAAAGGGCCAGUGUUCAGGAUACCUAUAACUGUGCUGCAAGCCGGAGCGGCGCAGCCGGAUUCUAAAGGCUUGCUCCUGUCCGAGUCAGCUGUUUUCGCGCCGCAUACUAUCAAGAGGCACUUUAUUAUACCGCCACUGGAAGCGACGUGGGGCGUCCUGAAGCUCACAACCAAAGACAAGGAGCUGACAGGUCGCUUCCUCAUACACACCAUGCAACUGUUGCCACACGAGAGUUGCCGUGCGCACGAAACGCAGAAGAUGAUCUCAGUCUCGGCCGAGUCGCCUGCCAUACACCCCUUCGCUGUUGUGGGCGGAGUAACCCUAGAAGUAGUAAUAGCAAAAUACUGGGCGAACAUAGGAUCACUAGAAACCGACUACACCAUUGAAUUGCACGGUCUCAAGCCGAGCUGUGGCCCAAAGCUGCGAUUAUUAGCGUCGGAAGGCCCUCGAGGGACAUCGCUGACGUCACUGCGAAUGCAAGAUGCUCAGCCUAACGCUAGUCUGAAAUACAGCGAACCGGUUGUCAGGCCGUCGGAAUCAAAAUUGUCGCCGCUAACAUCGAGAGAUGUAGUACCUCCAAGCAGGCAGAUCUACCAACUUAUCAACACUUACAACUUCCACAUCGCAAAGGCUACCGAGGUAUCACCAAUAGUGUCUCCACUGUGCGAUAUGCUGUACGAAUCAGAGUUUGAAGCGCAGAUGUGGAUGUUAUACAACAGUUGUAAGCAGCUGAUGUUUGUAGGGGAUGCGUAUCCGUCCAAGUAUUCAGUGAAACUCGAGAAAGGUGACUACGUGCUGCGAUUGAACGUUCGUCACGAGAACAGAGCGUUGCUAGACAAGUUGCAAGAGAUGCCGGUGGCGAUACAGCAGCGGUUACCGCAGCCGAUCACAUUGGACGCCUACUGUACGAGAGCUCAGGCUUUGACCAGCGGCAAGAAAUUCAGCUCAGCGUCCGUCCCUAGCGGAGCCAUUCUACCGGUGUACUUCGCGCCAGUGCCUUCCGACAAAAUCAGCCGUUCCAACUUAACCAUAGGCCACACACUAACCGGCACAGUAACGUUUGCCAAAGACGAGCUGGGCCGCAAGGUAGACUCCUACGACUUGCAAUAUGUGGUCUGUGAGCCCCCUAAGAGGACCACCAAUAACAAUAGGGAGAAGGAGAAGACCAAACCGAGCGACGACUAUAUGGACGCCAGUAAGGAGUUCAUGACCAACUGGCUGACUAAAUUAGAGGGUGACAAAUUAGAGCAAGUGUAUGAAGAAGUAUUAGAAAAGUUCCCGGGAUAUCUCGGGGCACAUAUUGCGUAUUUACACGGCAUCGACUCUCCUACGGAUCCUAAAAAACUCCCCAACGCCGACGAAGAGACGGACGUGACGACGGCGUGGUGCGAGCAGCUCAUCGCCACCGCGGACAAGGUCAUCAAGCAGAUAGACCAAGAGAAGCUGCUCGCGUAUCUCGGCAUGAAGAACGACACUAGAAGCGACGCCACGAAGAUCAAACAGGAGCACGAAAAACAACGCGGCUACUUGAUCGACGCGCUCUGCAGAAAAGGCACCGCGCUAUGCCGCCUCAAGGCCCUAGCACAAAGCCCUGCCGCCAAGGACAAGCUACUGGCACAGCUCACUGCCAACAUGGCCGACUUGCUCAAGUUCACUGACCUCACUGAUGCUAAGGCGAUCCACUACGGCGUAUGGCACUGCUUCACGCUCAAGCACUGGGGCCGCGCGAUCAAGCUGCUCACGAAGAUCCAAGAAGACCGGCCCUCGCGCGAAAUCGAAGAGCGCCUCAUCCAGGCGUACAAACAACUAGGCUGGGACUACCUCGUCAAGUACUCACAGUUGUCUAUACCCAUCAAGUACCCUAGUACCUACCGUCCGUUCUAAUCAUAUAUACUGAUGUCCAUGGGCCGGUUGCACCAAAUCGUACGUUAAAGCGUUCGCUAAUUUUGAUGAUAUGGGAAGUUCCAUAGAUCUCUGCUACGUGUCGACUUGUGUUUGAUGACUGUGAAUGAUGCAACUGGCCCUAAAUGGAGGUAUAUUUGCAGAUAGGAGAUAUUUUGAAAAUCGAACCUUAGUGCUUAAACAGUAACCCCCUUAUUCAUAAACGUUCACUAAAGUUAUCAAGCCGAUAAAAUUCGUUUGUCCCUUUCUGACGUAUUGGUGUGAUAUGUACUGGACAAAUUAAUGAAUUUUAUCGGCUUGAUAACUAGGCUUGUGCCGUUUCGUUCGUUGA